AUGAGUGGCGACGCAGACGCAAUGGCACAAAUCAUGGGCUUCACGUCGUUUGGCCAGCAUCGUCGUCGCAAGCCGAGUCGCGUGGAGAAAGCUGAGCGCGACGGUACCACAGCGCGAGGACUACCGCAGCUGAUGCCCGGGACGGAGCUGGUCGAAAAGUGCACCGAAUUGUCCGUGAACAGUAUCGAAAAAGGUCUUCAUGGCGUCGUGUCUCUCUUGUGCACAGAGACGAGUUCAGCUGCAGGUGAUCCGCUGGAGACAGCACUGGCUGAGGGCGUCAAGAAAGCAAACGAUGCGGCGAAGAAUCACCUGAGCGUGCCGUCGUACCUGUCAGUGCUGGAAGAACUCGAGCAGGAGAAGCACAAGUUCCACGAGAUGGAGCACGGGCAGUUUUUGCGUGCACGCGGCUCGACAAAUGCGUUCGAGACACUGGGGCGACAUCGCUUCUUGAACCGGUCAGCGAUGAAGUUGGUGACGUUGGACCACAUUUUCCAGUGGACACGCGGCGUGGGGAGCUGUCCCGACGACUCGUUUAGCUUUGCCGACAUUUGCGGAGGCCCCGGAGGUUUCUGUGAGUAUUUGCUGUGGAGAGUGUCUCGUGCGGGGAGCGAUGGAGGAAGCAAACACGAACGUGCGUAUCGUGGCUAUGGGAUCACGUUGAAAGACGCGGCAAACAGUUGCGACUGGCGUCUGCCAUCCGCGUUCCAGCAUUUGUUUACACGUUGUGACGGCGAGGACGGAACGGGUAACAUUUAUUCGGUUGCGAACAUUCACACGUUCCGGGAUGUUGUGCGGGCACGUCAGUCGAGUGGUGUGGACUUGGUGGUGGCUGAUGGAGGGUUCCCCGAUGCUCGAUCGCAAUGCAACCAGGAAUCAAUGCUGACCAAGUUGGUCGUAGCCGAAGUCCUCGCCAUGUUUGCUGUGCUGCGCGUGGGUGGGGAUUUCGUCUGCAAGACAUUUGAGGUGACAACGCCUACGAUGAUGCAGAUGUGCUGGAUACUGCAUCGCUGUUUCGGACGCUUUGCAGUCGUGAAGCCCAUUACCAGCCGUCCUGCGAGUUCGGAGCGAUACAUUGUCGCACGUGGUCUUCGGGCAAGUCGCUGCCUGCCAAAGCUUGUGAGGAUCUUGGAAGACCGACUUGCUCAGAGCGGUAGCAUGCACGCUAGCAACGUGUCCCAGUUUCCUCCGUUCUUGCCAAACAGCACGCCCAUGCACGAAGACGUGGACUUUUACAAGUACAUGUCGGCAGCCAACGAAGCCAUUGCGAUUAGCCAAGUCCGAGCGUGCAGACGCAUCAACCAGUUUCGCGCCAGUGGACACAAGAGGAAACGAUGUGAAGAUGGUACAAGCGUUGACCCUCGACAGUAUUACCAAUGCUGGCAGCUUGGCGCAAGGCCACAGCGUGACUCUACUGGAUAA